UCGGGGAGGAAGAGAAAACUUUCCUUGUGGAGCCGUUCGCUGCCGAGGCUCCGGCCGUUUUUCCGCGGCCAUGUUGGGAUCCGGGGCUGCCUGGCGGGGAAAGAGUUCCCCCGGUGGAAGGCGGCAGCGGGCUCCUCUGGCCAGUUGCCGUGCGGAUUGUCCCGCCACGGGGCUUGAGCGCUCCCGGCCGCCCGGGGGGUUACUGCCGCUUCCCGCCGGGAGGGAGGCAGCGGAGCGGGAAAGACCUAGGCAGGAAAAGGGCGGCGGGCGCUGGCUUAUCCCAGGGCGCCAAGGGGAGUUGCGGGGCCUCGGAAACGAGUUCGCCGUCAGGAGGCGAGGGGGAGGACGGCGACAUCGGCCCCGCGGUGUUACAUAAGUGCCUGAAACUCUCCGGCUUGUGACCGCCGCCGAGGCCCGGGCGGCGGCCGCUCGCCGAGAGGCGGCGAGACGGGACGGGACGGGACGGGAGCGGGCGGGGGACGCUUCCUUCCCCGGCGGGCCCAGCGGCUCCCUGUGAAAGAUGGUGGAUCGCUUGGCGAACAGCGAGGCCAACACCCGCAGGAUCAGCAUCGUGGAGAACUGCUUCGGAGCAGCCGGCCAGCCCCUCACCAUUCCCGGCCGCGUUCUGAUCGGAGAGGGAGUGCUAACGAAGCUGUGCAGGAAGAAGCCCAAAGCCAGGCAGUUCUUCCUCUUCAACGACAUUCUCGUCUACGGCAACAUUGUCAUCCAGAAGAAGAAGUACAACAAGCAGCACAUAAUCCCUCUGGAGAACGUCACCAUCGAUUCCAUCCAGGAUGAGGGAGACCUGCGGAACGGGUGGCUGAUCAAGACGCCCACCAAGUCGUUUGCGGUUUACGCCGCCACCGCCACGGAGAAGUCCGAGUGGAUGAACCACAUCAACAAGUGCGUCUCCGAUCUGCUGUCCAAGAGCGGGAAGGCUCCCAGCAACGAGCACGCGGCUGUCUGGGUGCCAGACUCGGAAGCCGCCGUCUGCAUGCGCUGUCAGAAGGUGAAGUUCACGCCGGUCAACCGGCGGCACCACUGCCGCAAGUGCGGCUUCGUGGUGUGCGGGCCUUGCUCCGAGAAGAGGUUCCUCCUCCCCAGCCAGUCCUCCAAGCCCGUGCGCAUCUGCGACUUCUGCUACCAGCUGCUUUCCACCGGGGAGAUGGCUGCCUGUCAGUCUGCCACCUCAGACUCCUACAGCCACUCGCCCAAAUCGUCCCUAAACGACGUGUCUGACGAGGACGAUGACGAAGACAGUAGCGAUUAAGGGCCAAGCGUUUGGUUUUACGCCGCGCGUCGCCGUCUGCGUUUCAAAGCGUACCGAGCUGCUUUCGGGGAGGUCUGUAGCGAGGAUCCUCACGGGAAAAAUCCUCUUCUAGCCAUAAAAAAAUCUGCCUGAAUGUCUUCAGCUGCCAUGUGCCUCCAUCUCUGAAUGCUCUAGGCAGUAGUUUGGUUGUCUGUCCGUUGGUCUAUCACACUCUUGCAGGGAUAGACUCUUGCAAAUGUUACCAGAAUGUUUUCCAACCUCUUGUACUUGAGUUGCGUCUCGGUGAGACUCUUGUGGGAGCCUGGAGAAUUCAAAUGUACCUGUCUUUAACCUAGCAACCCAUACUUCCUAACGCUUCCCCUCAGGGUGUUGCUACCUGGGGUUGGCAGAGGAGGGGAGGAAGGCUGUGGGAAGGGGUUUGGGUUGCAGUCCUUUAGACCACCUUGUUUUUCCUUUGCCGUGGGGUGUAGUAAGUUGAAAUGUGGCAUAAGCUACGGGCAUCAGUGUCACAAAAAGCUGGGAGUUGUCUUGUUUUGCUCUUAUUUAUGACUUCCUAACACCAAGCAGUGCCUUGUACCGAUUGUGCUGAUUCAGGAAGAAGCAAACCUAUUUACGGCGCCUGCACUCGCCCCAUGCUGGUAUCUGAGAGCUUGUUGGUGCUAUAGAAAAUAACUGCUGUGUUCAAAGUGGAGCUUUGACGAGGUCAGAACUCUACCUCCUGGUGGAGACCUGGACCACACAUCCUCACCUGUCCAGGCAGACCCAAAGGCUCUGCAGAUUCAGCGGAGUCCUCCUUGGAGGAGCUGCAUUACAGGUCAGGAUCUUGAGAUGAGACACUUGGGGGUUGACUCUUCACAGGGAUUUGUAACUUUUCUUUUCAGGGCAGUUCCUGAGUUUUGCAUCUGUCAAAUGCACACUGAAAUUUCCAUUGGGAGCUACAGCAUUUGUAUUUUUGCAAGUGAAUUCCCCCAGAUGACCCUGAGUUACUGCUUAAAACAUCGCUGAGGGAAUCGUUUGCGGCUUUGCUGUUUUGUCAUCUUCUUUUUACUCUCCCCCCACCCCCUCCCCCCAGGAGAUUAAUUGGCUUGUUUAAAAAUAACCUCCUACUUUUGUUGAUGUUCAAAGCCUUCAAGCAUCCUCCUCAGAUUGGCUUUCCUUUUUACACAGCUGACCUCAGGAUAAAUGUGAGAUGCGAGUUUGUUUCCUUUUAAGCGUAUACCCAGGACCAAGAAAGAUUGUAUUUAAGGGCUCUAAUGAAAUCCUCAGUGCAGACAAUGUCUGUCCCAUAGUAUUCAUUUCUAUUUUUAUGAAGUCCUUGAGUACAGAAGUGGCACCUUCCCACGUAAAUGUCAAAAGUUAGGCUUGCAAAGCCCUGCUAAGUCCCCAAAUAUUUCUAUAUUUCUAUAUUUUUAUAAUGGUAGCAUCGAUUUUGGAGCAGGAAAAAAACCCUCUUAGAAAUAGUUUGUGUUGAUAGAAGUUAGCAACUGACUUUAUACAGCAAAGAAAAAUAUAAAGGUGACACUUUUCUAUCUCUUAAGUGACAAUUUCUGCACUGUUUGCCUCACGGUGGGCAACAAUUGAGUUAAAUAUUUAUUGAAUAAAGAAUGGAUGCUGCAUUUUG